UCCUCCCGCAGAAGCAUCGAUGUUUUCAAAAGCCGAUCGAUGCACACACGAAGCGGACUGGAGCUCGAGCUCACAAAUCCGCAUCUUUCAACAUAUGGCGGUCAAACAGCCGGAGUCCGCCGCAAGCGCACUGUCUUCCGACAAAGGCGUCGAUUUCCUUGACGGCCUCCCCGACGACCUGCUCCUCUUCACCUUCAGCAAACUAUCCGCCACCGCCUCUGCUCCCGCAGAUCUCAUCAGCCUCCUCCUCACAUGCAGGCGAUUUAACGCAUUAGGAACGCAUCCGAUGGUUCUUUCCAAAUUAUCAGUAAAAGGGGUUUGCGUGAGAGCAAAAACUUGGUCGGAAUCAGCGCACCGAUUCCUUAAGCGAUGUACCGACGCCGGCAGCCGGGAAGCCUGUUACACUCUGGGCAUGAUCCGUUUCUACUGCUUGGAAAACAGGGGAAGCGGUGCGUCGCUGAUGGCCAAAGCGGCCAUGGGUUCGCACUCUGCGGCGUUGUACUCGCUCGCCGUCAUCCAAUUUAAUGGCAGCGGCGGCUCCAAAAACAAGAAAGAUCUCCGCGCCGGCGUCGCUCUCUGCGCCCGCGCGGCGUAUUUUGGCCAUAUCGACGCGCUUCGAGAGCUGGGGCACUGUCUGCAAGACGGCUACGGAGUGAAACAGAACAUCGGCGAAGGGCGGCGGUUUCUUCUUCAGGCGAACGCGAGGGAGCUUGCUUCGGUUUUGUCGAGUGAAAAACUGGCGUCUUUGGCCUUUGUGGCGAGUUCGUUGCUGAGUGAUUUUGGGUGUAGCGUGCCGGCGGUGGGAGGGCAUGGGGUUAACAGGUUUAUGGUGGAGUGGUUUGAAGAGAAAGGGGAGGGGAGGGAGAGGGAAGGGUUGAGGAUGUGUUCUCAUGGAGGGUGUGGAAGGCCGGAGACGAGGCGACAUGAAUUUCGGCGAUGUUCGGUUUGUGGUGUCGUUAAUUAUUGUUCGAGGGCGUGUCAGGCGAUGCACUGGAAGGUUGCGCAUAAGUUGGAAUGUGCUCCGAUGGAGAGAUGGCUUGAUGGUGGUGAGGGGAUGCCGGCGGCAGGGGUACAGGGUGGGGAUGUGAAUUUGGAGGGUCGAUGACAGUGGUGGUAAUGUUUUCCGGCGGGCUCUCUUUUCUGUUUUUUUUUUUUUUUUAGAUGCUUUUUUUGUUCAUUUU